AUGGUAAUUAGUGGGCGCCUGUGUGUAUGUGAGUUGCGUUGGUUUGUAGAGAACCUGGGAAAUAGAGUUGGCACAACUAGGCAAUCUUGGCAUCUGCUGUGCCCCAGUGCUGACCUCACUGCCCAUAGGAAUCCAUAAUCUGUGAAGUAUCUGCUGUGCCCAAGCCCAAGGGGUCAGAGAAGAAGGAGCAUCUUGGUGGGUCCCUGGCAUUUCUGCUCUGCCCCUGGACCAAGAGGACACCAACCAUAACCUGAGCUUGUGGGAUCUGUGCCCUGGAAUAUGCCACUUGGCAGAGCAGAGCUGUUGGCAGCCCAAGUCCAUGCCAUUGUUUCCUGACCUGCAUUAAAGGCUGCUGCAUCCCUUGGGCUCUGCUACUGCCCCCCUCAUUGUUCCACAGCAUCUCCAAGAGCAUCACAUCUUCUCUGCUUCCCAGGAAAUCUCAGGAGCUGCAACAGCCUCACAUCAUUCCCUGCUAAACAGCCUGCAUCCCUCUGAAUCUGGGAUCUGCUUCUGCUCACAGCCCUGGGGUUGGAUUUCACAGCUGCUGCCGGGUCUGACGGCGACCCCCAGGCUUGGGGAAAGGGGACCUUGUGUGUGCGUGGGACUCACCGGUCUGGGAGACAGAUAGAGGGUGGGGGAUUCACAGGAGACGGCUGUGUUCAUGUUUGGGAUUCAGGAAAGCAUCCAGAGGAGCGGGAAUAGCAUGAAGGAGGAGCCCCUGAGCAGCGGGAUGAAUGCAGUCCGGACAUGGAUGCAAGGAGCUGGGGUGCUGGAUGCAAAUACGGCUGCCCAGAGUGGUGUGGGUUUGGCCCGGGCACACUUUGAGAAGCAGCCACCAUCCAACCUCCGAAAGUCCAACUUCUUCCACUUUGUCCUGGCCCUGUAUGACCGGCAGGGGCAGCCGGUGGAGAUUGAGAGAACAGCAUUUGUGGGCUUCGUAGAGAAAGAUAAGGAAACCAGCAGUGAAAAGACUAAUAAUGGGAUCCAUUACCGAUUGCAGCUUCUCUAUAGCAAUGGGAUAAGGACAGAACAGGAUUUCUAUGUUCGCUUGAUUGACUCCAUGACAAAGCAGGCUAUUGUGUAUGAAGGACAAGACAAGAAUCCUGAAAUGUGCAGAGUUUUGCUCACCCACGAGAUUAUGUGCAGUCGCUGCUGUGACAAGAAAAGCUGCGGGAACAGAAACGAAACCCCCUCUGAUCCGGUGAUCAUCGACAGGUUCUUCCUAAAAUCCUUUCUGAAGUGUAAUCAAAACUGUUUGAAGAAUGCUGGCAACCCACGGGACAUGCGCAGGUUUCAGGUUGUUGUGUCCACAACCAUUAAUGUCGACGGGCACGUGCUGGCAGUGUCAGAUAAUAUGUUUGUUCAUAACAACUCAAAGCACGGAAGGAGGGCACGCCGGCUGGAUCCUUUAGAUGGGACCCCUUCCUACCUGGAACAUGCAGCAACACCGUGUAUCAAAGCCAUCAGUCCGAGCGAAGGAUGGACCACAGGAGGUGCCACUGUCAUUAUCAUAGGAGACAAUUUCUUUGAUGGGUUACAGGUCAUAUUCGGCACCAUGCUGGUGUGGAGCGAGUUAAUCACACCUCAUGCCAUCCGGGUUCAGACUCCACCCCGACACAUCCCCGGCGUUGUGGAAGUAACAUUGUCUUACAAAUCCAAGCAGUUCUGCAAAGGAACUCCUGGAAGAUUCAUAUACACAGCCCUAAACGAGCCAACUAUUGACUAUGGGUUCCAGAGGCUGCAAAAAGUCAUCCCAAGGCACCCAGGCGACCCAGAAAGGCUACCCAAGGAGGUGAUUCUAAAGCGGGCUGCAGACCUGGUGGAAGCCUUAUAUGGAAUGCCACACAACAAUCAGGAAAUAAUACUGAAGCGAGCAGCGGAUAUUGCUGAAGCCUUGUAUAGCGUCCCACGGAACCACAGCCAGCUCCCCACCCUCACAAACUCUUCUGUGCACCCGGGAAUGAUGGGAGUCAAUUCAUUCAGCGGACAGUUGGCAGUAAAUGUAUCGGAGCCAUCACAAGUCACCAACCAGGGUUUCUCUCGCAACACAAGCAGCGUAUCCCCUCACAGCUAUGCGCCAAGCACCACCCCUCAGCAAUCCAACUACAGCUCAGUGACCACCAGCAUGAAUGGCUACGGGAACACAGCCAUGUCCAGCCUCACCGGAUCUCCUAGUUUCCUCAAUGGCUCAGCUGCCAACUCCCCCUAUGCCAUUGUCCCAUCCAGUCCAACCAUGGCUUCCUCCACCAGCCUCCCUUCAAACUGCAGCAGUUCCUCUGGCAUUUUCUCCUUCUCUCCAGCCAAUAUGGUGUCAGCCGUCAAACAGAAGAGCGCCUUUGCCCCAGUAGUUAGACCACAGGCAUCCCCACCCCCAACCUGCAGCAGCUCUAAUGCCACCAGCCUGCAAGACCAGUCAUUUGUGGACAGUGGCAAGUUCCUCAGUGCAGGCUCUCUGCAGGGCUUGGCCUUCUCCUGAACUAUCUCUGGAAUGAUUGCACCUCCCAUGUGAAAAAAUCAUAUCUGCAUCUCACCUGGGGGUCCACUGCUGGAGGAACAUGCCUCUUGACUUUGAGAAGAUCUCUUUUUUUUUUUCUCUCUCUCUGCCCGAGAGCAACUUUUACUCAAGCCUCAGGAACCAAGAACUGCGGAUUUAGACAGUAGCAGUUGUUUAGCAAAAUACAAAAGGAAAAAAAAAAAACGUGUUAAAAAGGGACUGGGGCUACCAAUUUGUGAUAGAAUAUUCUUUGUUGGACAAGAUCAUUUGCAAGUGAGAAGAUCGUUUGAACAUUUUCAUAACCAUAAUUCACAUAGCCAGGAACUUGGAUGAAGAAUUUAGCAACUUGGCCCACAUAUCUGGUCAUAGGAUGGCUCAUCAUUGAUAUGGCAACGUCCCUCAGUAGAAUGGCAGAAGCGUUGUGAGAACAAAACCAACUUUUUUUGCAAUGUGUUUUGUAAUAUUACUUUGAACUGAUCAAAUGUUUCUAAGAGGCUGCGAUGGAGGACCUGAAAUGGGUUUGGGACCAAGUAUCCUACACCUACACCUCCUGCAUCUCCUGUAUUCGUAUGCGAAGGUUAUGUGCCAUAAUCGGGUCAAACCUUUGCCUCUGGAACUAGAAUCGGAAUCACUUUUCUGUACGUUUUUUUUUUCUUUGCUUAUCCAUGGUUUUCCACUUUCUCACAUUUUCUACAGGGGCUUUAGUCGCUGCAACUGGGGGUCAUCAAAUCCAGAUCCAAAAUCAGCUCCAUAAGUCAGUAUGUUUUCUCUCUCCUUCUUGACCUACCACUUCUUCCAAGCUCUUCCUUUGCUCCACUACUACAGCAUUCCAUCCUUCUUCCAGUUCCCUGCAACCCAAGUGCAAUUGGCUAAAGAACAAUAGCGGUUGUUGGUUUUUUUUUUAAUUUAAGAUAUAAGUUAGUCACAGCUUCUGGGCUUUGGGAAUUAAAAAAAAAAGCACAACAUUUGAUAAUGGGACACUUAACACUUAUAAUAUUGGCCUGUAUUUGAGUAUUUAGCUUUCUCUUUGCUUGAGGGUCAUAUUAGCUGGUGCAUUUUGUCUAAGGGUUCAUGAAUGACUUGGGAAGGUAAUUCAUUUAUUUGUUUCCCAAAGCUACUCCUGAUUGGAGAAGAAUACCCUGGCCUUACAAAUUCCAUUUUCGGAUGAAUCCAUUAAGGUGCUUAUAGGGGUUUAGAGGGGCAGUUCACCUUCAAAAAAUACAUUGUUUCAAAAUUUGA